UAAGCCCACCGGAACGGAUGUCAGGUCGCUGCGAAUGCCAAUAAUGAUUGCCACUUGGCUCCACCGCAGAAAAAAUAAUCGAAAAAAGUUAUCCGGCAGAAGGGUUUGGAGGCUUCCGAGCUGGCUUCCGCUGACAAAGCGCCGAUCAUCCCUAUAGAACGAUCUGGGGACAAAAAACUAAACAGUCGGAUGUGAUGUGGUAUAUAUGCCCGGUCUGCUGCUGCAGGCCUGGCUGUGGAUGUGAUUUCUCUUUUUCAUCAAUAAUUAUCCCCUCCCUCAUUCUUUCGUUCAAUCAGCAUCCCUCCCUAUCCCUUUCUUUAUGUUGUUCAACCACUCUCGUUGAUUAAUAUACUCUUCCCUCCAUUUUGGUACUGAUUCGCCAAACCGUCCCCUUCUUACAGCAUCUUGCUGCCCACCAUGGCGUCGUGGGAAAAGAACCCCGAUGAGCCCGUCGACUACUUUUCCAAAUACGAACAGGAAAAAGAAAAUGGAAAAGACGACGACCAAAACGCCGCCAAUCCUUUCGAGACCGUCCACAGAGUUACCUCCGCCGGCAAACGUGCAUCGAUCUCGGAAGAAGACCAACACGCCCUGACCCGUAUUGCAAGCCAGAUCUCCCGGAAACGCUCGAGUGCCUAUUCCAAUCACCAAGAUGAACCCGUCACUCGAACCCACACCUUGGUCGACAUUCCAGAAGAUGACCCCGCCCUCGACCCCGCCAGCAAGGACUUUGAUCACUACAAGUGGGUUCGAAAGGUCAUUGAUAGCUUGAGUCAGGAUGGAAUCAAGUCCAAGACUUCUGGUAUUCUUUUCAGGAACCUCCGUGUGACGGGAACCGGCGCUGCCUUGCAGCUGCAGUCGACCAUGACCGAUUUACUUAUGGCGCCUUUUCGGCUACGUGAGGCGAUGCCGUUCGGUUCGAAGCCCCCCAAGACAAUCCUGAACAAGUUCGACGGUGUGAUCAAGAGUGGAGAGCUGCUUCUCGUUCUGGGACGUCCUGGAGCGGGUUGCAGUACCUUCCUCAAGACUCUUUGCGGAGAAUUGCAUGGCUUGAGCUUGGACAACGAAUCGGUCGUUCACUACAAUGGUAUCCCUCAAGAGAAAAUGAGCAAGGAAUUCAAGGGCGAGGUCGUGUACAACCAAGAAGUCGAUAAACAUUUUCCCCACUUGACUGUUGGACAAACCUUGGAAUUCGCCGCCGCGGUGCGUACCCCCGCCCAACGACUCAAGGGCAUGUCCCGCGCCGAAUACGCAAAGACCAUCACUCAAGUCAUUAUGGCUAUUUUCGGCCUGAGCCAUACCUACAACACCAAAGUCGGCAACGAUAUCGUUCGUGGUGUGUCUGGAGGUGAACGCAAGCGUGUCAGUUUGGCGGAGAUGGCCCUUUCUGGCGCGACAGUAUCGGCCUGGGACAAUUCUACUCGAGGUCUGGAUUCUGCAACAGCAUUGAAGUUUGUCGAGUCGCUUCGUUUGAUUGCAGACCUCGGUGGAGCUUCUCAUGCAGUUGCCAUCUACCAGGCUAGUCAGGGUAUCUACGAUCUCUUCGACAAGGUUGUGCUCUUGUACGAAGGACGACAGAUCUACUAUGGCUCCGCCAAAAACGCCAAAGCCUACUUCGAGCGUCAGGGAUGGAUUUGCCCGCAACGCCAGACCACUGGCGACUUCCUCACCAGCCUUACGAACCCCUCUGAACGCCAAUCCCGCCCAGAGAUGGCAACCAUGGUUCCCCGGACACCAGCUGAGUUUGAAGCGCGAUGGCAGCAGUCUUCCGAAUACCAAUAUCUCCUGAAGGAAAUGGCCGGCUAUGAAGAGACAUACCCGCUUGGAGGAGAUAUGCUCCAACAGUUCCAAGAAGACAAACGGAACAGGCAAGCUGACCAUACUCGCGAUGCCUCCCCGUACCUCAUCAGCGUUCCGAUGCAGAUCAAGCUAAACACCAAACGUGCCUACCAACGUGUCUGGAAUGAGAGAACCUCUACUGUUACAACCUUCGUCGCAAACACCAUCAUGGCAUUGAUCAUCGGGUCUGUCUUUUAUGGCACGCCAGAUGCAACCGCCGGAUUCCAAUCUAAGGGUGCUGCCCUGUUCUUCGCCGUCCUCCUUAAUGCCCUCACUGCUAUGACUGAGAUCAACAGCUUGUAUUCCCAACGUCCCAUUGUUGAGAAACACGCAUCUUACGCCUUUUACCAUCCAUCGACAGAAGCUAUUGCAGGUGUGGUCAGUGAUAUACCGGUUAAAUUCCUCAUGGCUAUUGCGUUCAACGUCAUCCUUUACUUCAUGGUUGGUCUUCGUCGUGAACCGUCUCAAUUUUUCAUCUUCUUCCUCAUCAUGUUCAUCAUCAUGUUUGUGAUGAGUGCUGUGUUUCGAACGAUGGCCGCAAUCACCAAGACUAUAUCGCAAGCGAUGACUUUAGCUGGUAUUCUCAUCCUGGCUCUUGUCGUGUAUACUGGAUUCGUCGUGCCUCUGCCAUAUAUGCACCCAUGGUUCAAAUGGAUUCACUAUCUUAAUCCUAUAUUUUACGCUUUCGAACUUCUUAUAGCGAACGAGUUCCACGGUCGUGAUUUCACAUGCUCGCAGUUUAUCCCCGCAUAUCCUUCUUUAUUCGGAGAUUCAUUUAUCUGUUCUCAAACUGGAGCCGUUGCGGGACAGCGCACUGUUAGUGGCGAUAAUUAUAUUUUGGCCAGCUACAAUUACACCUACUCGCACGUGUGGAGGAACUUUGGUAUCUUGAUUGCCUUCCUCGUCGGAUUCAUGACCAUUUACUUUAUCGCAACGGAGCUGAAUUCAUCGACCACGAGUACAGCUGAGGUUCUAGUGUUCCGUCGAGGCCACGAGCCCGCCGAAUUGAAAGGCGGCCAUGGGAAAUUGGAAGAUGAAGAAAAGGGACAGCCACCCGCUUCUGCCUCUACUGUGGUCGACAGCUCCGCAGGAGAGGAUGAUUUGCGAAUGGCGCCACAAACGGAUAUCUUCACUUGGCGCGAUGUGGUUUACGACAUUGAAAUCAAGGGCGAACCUCGUCGGUUGUUGGACCAUGUCUCUGGAUGGGUCAAGCCGGGAACUCUGACAGCUCUUAUGGGUGUCAGUGGAGCAGGUAAAACAACACUUCUUGAUGUCCUGGCCCACCGAACUCAGAUGGGUGUUAUCACUGGAGACAUGUUUGUCAAUGGCACACCACUGGAUCCCAGUUUCCAAAGAAAGACCGGCUACGUCCAACAGCAAGACCUUCACUUGGAGACAGCUACCGUUCGAGAGAGUCUCCGAUUCAGUGCCCUGUUACGUCAACCAGAAUCUGUGUCGAAGCAAGAAAAGUUCGAGUAUGUUGAAGAGGUUAUCAAAAUGCUCAGCAUGGAAGACUUUGCGGAAGCCGUUGUUGGUGUGCCUGGUCAAGGUCUCAAUGUCGAGCAGAGAAAGCUCCUCACUAUCGGUGUUGAAUUAGCAGCCAAGCCUCAACUGCUUCUGUUCUUGGAUGAGCCUACUAGUGGUUUGGAUUCCCAAAGUUCCUGGGCUAUCUGUUCGUUCCUACGAAAACUCGCCGAUGCUGGACAGGCCGUCUUGUGUACAAUUCACCAGCCUAGCGCAAUCCUCUUCCAAGAGUUUGAUCAGCUCCUUUUCCUGGCCCGGGGUGGUAAGACUGUCUACUUCGGACCGAUUGGUGAAAACUCGAGCACACUCCUGGAAUACUUCGAGGCCCACGGUGCCAGACCCUGUGGAGAUGACGAGAAUCCAGCCGAAUACAUGUUGGAGAUUGUCAACGCUGGGACAAACCCUCAGGGCGAAUCUUGGUUUGAUGUAUGGAAGGGGAGCCCUGAAGCCGGUGGAGUCCAGACCGAGAUUGAUCGAAUCCAUGAAUCUCGCAAAGGCCAUGUUGACAAUUCCCCUAAGGACCCGCGUGAAACUGAGGAGUUUGCAAUGCCAUUGAUCAAGCAGCUUCCCAUUGUCACUGGCCGUGUCUUCCAACAAUACUGGCGCAUGCCAGACUAUGUGAUGGCCAAGAUGCUGUUGGGUAUCUGCGCCGGUUUGUUCGUUGGUUUCUCGUUCUUCAACUCCGACAAUUCCAUGCAGGGCAUGCAGAACGUGAUUUUCUCCUUGUUCAUGGUGUGUGCCAUCUUCUCGUCGCUAGUGCAACAGAUCAUGCCUCUCUUCCUCACCCAACGAGGCCUCUACGAAAUCCGUGAACGGCCGAGCAAGGCAUACUCGUGGAAAGCUUUUAUGAUGGCAAACAUCGUCGUAGAAGUCCCCUAUCAAAUGAUGAUGGGUCUUCUCGUCUUCGCAUGCUACUACUACGCAGUCAACGGCAUUCAGGAUUCUGAACGUCAGGGCCUUGCUCUCUUGUAUUGUCUUGAGUUCUUUGUUUAUGCUAGUACCUUUGCCCACUUGGUCAUUGCCGCCUUACCCGAUGCUGAGACUGGAGGUGCCGUCGUCAAUCUCCUAUUCUGCCUGGCCCUCACCUUUAACGGUGUCAUGCAAGUCCCGAAUGCUCUCCCUGGAUUCUGGAUCUUCAUGUACCGCGUCUCCCCCUUCACCUACUGGGUGGCGGGAUUGGCAGGCACCAUGAUGUCUGGACGGCCUGUCGAGUGCUCUAGCGCCGAGAUGGCUGUCUUUAAUCCCCCUUCUGGACAGACGUGUGGAGAGUAUAUGGGCAAAUUCCUCGAACUGGCACCGGGAUCUCUGAAAGAUUUCAAUGCCACCUCGGCGUGUGAGUACUGUUCGUUGACCUCUGCCGAUCAAUUCUUGGCCUCCUCGUGGAUCUACUGGGGUGACCGGUGGCGAAACUUUGGAAUUUUCUUGGUCUAUAUCGCCUUUGAUAUUGCCGUUGCGGUUUUGUUGUAUUACUGUGUCCGGGUCAAGAAGUGGAAGAAGCAAUGAUUGGUGAAACUUGUUUAUAGAUUGGAUAGAGCAUUAUAUGAGUGUGAAUAGU